AUGAGCCACCCGACACAAUCAGCCCUAUCAGCCCCACGGGAUUUCCGGCGUGGCAAGCUGGUGAGUCAUAGGUAUCGUAAGAAUUAUAAAGCCUGCCAUGUCGAACGCGCAAGUGCCCGCAUAACUGCCAUCCUUGAGACGACACAGGAGAUAGGAUCCUUUUGUGGUGAGAAACCUCCUUUUGCGCGCUCCUUGAAAUCUCUUCCUUUAGCUCUCGUGCUCUACGGUGGCUCCCCCGUUUCGCCUCUGACGAAACAGAACGGCGCGAUUCGAGCUAGCUUCCGGAGUCAAAAUUCACGCAAGUCGUGCCUCUGCCGCACACACCAACCGGAAGAUCAUCAUCAUCAUCAUCAUCACCGCCUAAGUGGCAGCGACAAUGGCGAUCAAUCGGCGGCUCCGGAACCCAUCGCCGGUGUUGCCGCUGCCGCCGGCAACCCCCCAUUCCCCUCGGAAUCCAUCAGCCGUUCGCAAACCUUUGAGACGUCAUCGCACGGCAUCCGUACGAUGGAUAGUGGCAGUGCUGCUUCGGCGUCGCCAUCUGGAGGAGCGGCAGCGGCAGUCGGCAGCCGCACUUGUUUCGCGCGACUGGGGCCCACCGGCCCACUCAGUGACGACGACAACGGGUGUGAAGUUUGCUGUGGCUCUGGGUCGCUUUUUGUCCUAGCUUUGGAAAUCUACGCUCUCGUGGGUGGCAACAUCGCAGUAUCAACGCCUAAUUCAGUUCCGCGUACCAUAUCGCGACCUAGGUCCGCUGGUUCUGCGCGUGGGAGCCAAUGGCGACGAGCAGUACACCCGAGCAGGUUCACCGCUGCCUCCCGAUGGUCCAAACAUUGCGAUGCGGAGUCAGCGGUAGCUGCAUCUUUGGUCAGGCAACAGCAAGAACAGGCACUGUCUCUAGAGCGUGUCAUCGAUGGCUUGGAUAUCGACAGUAUCGCCGCGCUCGGGUUUCACGGACCUGAUGACUUCCGCGGUCUUGUGGCUUCAGAGGCAGUAUGCAGCUCAGCGCUGGUGACUGUUCCUAUCGGCAGCACCCUGGCUGUGUCCGUCGAUGGGGAUGGCGGCCAACUGUCGGUGCUAUCACCCCCUGAGAUGCCGCCAAAUGUCAAAAAAGCAAUUGAAGUUGUUGCGGGCCUUAUCUGCGACACACCUGACUACCAGCUGGUCAUUUUGGCCGUGCUGCUGCUCUGGGCCCGUAAGUACGGCAGUACGGCAUGGCGGGAGUAUUGUGAGGCGCUGCUGCCACCGCAGCGAGAGCUGAGCUGCUUGUUGUGCUACGGCCCCGGGGAGCUGUCGGCGCUACAGCUGCCACAUUUGGUGGACGAGGCCGCCCGGCAGCACGACUGGGCUCGUUGGGUCCACUCCCAGUGGCUGAGCGGCUCCAGUGGGGCCUUACGUCGGCUGCGGCUCGCGGAGGGGCUCCAGGAAACCACCUGGGCGCUGGCGCUGGAAAGGUGCGCAGCCGGGUUGUCGAGUUUGAGAUGGGGCUGACAGCGGGAUCUGGAUCUGGGCCAGGAUCCGUUUCCGGAUUCGAAUCCGGCCCUGGAUCUGGACUUGUACGAACACGGCAGCGGCGGCGGCCGGCCGGUCCGGUCAUAUCAGUGCUGGCGCCCGUUGUGGACCUGGCUAACCACAGCAAUGACCCCAACUGUGUCGUACAACUGACAACUGACAGAUCCAGAGUCGUACUACUGCCACGGCGGCCUGUUGCCGCUGGCGAGCCGUUGACCGUUGACUACGGCUUCGACCGCUCGUCCCUGGAGCUCAUGGCCGACUACGGCUUCGUGACGUCAGCGAAUCCGUACGAUGGUGACGUAACGCUUCCUGGAGCGGACAAGCUACCAUCCCUGGAGCUGCCCCGCCUCGAGGCCGCGGCGCGUGUGCUGCUGCGGCAGCGGCGGCGGCGGCGGCAGCAGCAGCGGGUCACAGCCGUCACUGGGGUCAGGGAUGUACGGCAAGUAGAGGAGGUGGCAGCGCCGGCGGAGGCGGGGUUGGAGGCGGCGGCGGCGGCCCGACCGCCGCAGGUUACGGGCGUACGGCAUGGGGAGGAGGAGCAGGUUAUGAUGUACGACGCCGAGGUGGAUGACGAGCGCGAGGAGGGCAGCGCGGAGGAGGAGGAGGAAGAGGAGGAAGCUCAGCUCCGAAACCGAUUAAAGGCAGCUGUCGCGCUGCUAGCGCCCCGUACCGCACCCUUCUCUCCAGCUACAGCCUCCGCCGCCAGCACACCCGCCACACAGCGCAUUAUCGCGGGCCUGUGGCACAAGCUCGUACGGCACUGUGCCGACAGCCUGCCCACCUCCCUCGAGCAGGACAGGGCCCUCCUGGAUGACAUCACGGCGCGUCGCGUCAGCCGCUUCACGGCGGCGGCGGCGGCGGCGGGAGCCGACCUCUCCGUCGACCCCAUCGCGUCGCAGCAGCCGCCCGCGCCGUCACCGUCGGGGGUGCGGCGGCAAACAGCGGCGACGGCGGCGGCGGCGGUCAGGGACGAAUCUUCGGCAGGCGUGAGGGCGGCAGCGGACGCCGCCACGCCUGCCGUACCCGGCGGUGGCGGCGGUGAUGGUGGGGCUCACCCUCUGGCUGUGGGCCACGUCAGGCAGCAGGGCCUCUGUCGUACAGGCCGCCAUGCCGGCCGCCUUUACGCGGCGGUCAAGGGGCGUUUGGAACAUAAAGAGCUUUUGUCCGUUGCGGAGGAGUUGCUGCUGUUGUACGGCCGCAACUAA